GAGAGAGAGAGAGAGAGAGAGAGAAAGUGGGAGGAGACAGCAAAGGAAGGGAGCAGGACAAUAUAGUAAAAGGGUUGAGGUCCAACAGGGAGUUGAUUCAUUCACUCACACUCGUGCAGCUUCUUUGCAUGCGCACACAUUAGCACCUGCACAGUGUUUUAAGCAACACACGCGGGUGGAAAGUGUACAUUUGGAUACAACAUGGAGGGAGUAUUACACAACAUAGUUGAAGAGUGUUUACAUGACACAGACUUAUACUUGCUCUAGUUCAGAAAAGCUAGACAAGAGUCCACACAAGACUUGACACAAUCCAAUCUGUCCAAAGGAGCAGAAGGGAGAACCGAGGGAUCGGAACACUGGAGCUCAAGGAUAAGCCAUGGACACUGUGUACAUCCCAACCCACCUGGAGGUCCACCAUGCUCCUUGCUAACCUCCUGCUCCUCAUGGUCCUGCCGCUACCUCAAGCCUCGUCCGGUGGCCAGGGUGACACCGGCGAGGUCGACAAUGGCAGGCUAGCCGGCGCGUCGCCGGCCACCUCGAAUCCCCUGCCGAUUGGGUCCCGCCCAGAGCCGGGCCUGGCUCAGACCAUCCAGAGUCUCUUGCUGAGCCGCCUGGGCCUGCAGUCACAGCCCAACCCUCGGCCCGGCGUGCCGAUCCCUCAGUACCUCAUGGAUCUGUACCGCUUCCACCAGCAGCAGUACCACCUGCUGGAGGACCCAACAUUCAGCUUCCCCAGCCAUCAUGUGCAGGAGGCCAACACCAUACGCAGCUUUCACCACACCGAGCCCCUCACAGCAGAGGACCACAAAUGGGCGUAUAUCUCCUUCAACAUCUCCUCCAUCCCCCUGGAUGAGAAGGUGCUCUCGGCUGAGCUGCGCCUACGUACCGCCAGGACCACCUCCCUGGGCCCCGGACCUCACAGACUGAACCUGUACCUCUCUGGGCACCGACAGGACCCUCAACCCACCCUGCUCGAGACCAGACUCCUCACCGCUGAGCCUCAAAGUCAUCCAACCGGCCGCCUUUGGGAAGCAUUCAGCCUGAAGGCAGAGCUCUUUGAUUUGGCCCUGAGCGGAGCAGACCACCUAGGCUUCCUCCUGGAGGUGGUAUCAGAGAACAGCACCGGUCGGGGAGAAGGGGAACAACAUCAGGCGGGCCACUUGAGGGUGUGCAGGUCUGUGGAGCAGGAUGAGCACAGCUGGGCCCAGGAGAGGCCCCUCUUGGUGACAUAUAGUCACGACGGGCGUGGAGAGCCUUUGGUCAAGCACGGCAGGAGGAACGUCAGCGCGGUGCCCAGGAAAAGCUGGAAUAGAGACCAAAAGUGGAGCCGGUAUAAAACGUACAAAACACCGAGCUGGGGGGGCCAACCAGGAAGGGUGAAACGAAACGGCGGUCGCGCGGCCAAACUCAAGCGCCUCUCCCGCAACCGCUGCCGCCGCCAUCCCCUCUACGUGGAUUUUAACGACGUGGGCUGGCACAAGUGGAUCAUCGCGCCCAGCGGCUACGACGCGUUCUUCUGCCUGGGUGAGUGCCGCUUCCCCCUGGCCGACCACAUGAAUUCCUCCAGCCACGCCAUGGUGCAGACACUGGUCAACUCGGUCAACGGCGCCGUGCCACAGGCCUGCUGUGUGCCGACCUCACUCAGCCCCAUUGCCCUGCUCUACCUGGACCCCCAGGAUCGCGUGGUGUUGAAGAACUACCAGGACAUGGUGGUGGAGGGCUGCGGAUGCCGGUAGCGUGCUGAACAGAAACCGUCCUGGGAGGAAGACGAUGGUGGGAUGACGUAUAAAUGCUCUUCAGUGAGGGAAAUCUCAGCCUAAGCAUAAACGUCAGAAAAAGUUGUGCUGCUUUUCCAUUGCACAGGUACGACAAGAUGUGAAGAAGACACAAAAGUCAGACAACUUUUAACUGAUGGGGGAGCUACAGCAGCCAAAAUGGAGAGAGUGAAACAGCUAAAGCAGGGUACACACAUAUCGUUAAUUGGAUCAUAUCUGAGCAGUUUGACACCCGCAGUCAGCAAAAGGGCGAUUAUCAGAUGCCUGUGAAAGAUCACCCUGAGUGAUUGUCCUAUGGCGAGGGGUGUGUUCAGAGUGAUUUUCUUUUUCGGAUUAAUCGACUACUCAACAAAUCAACUUUACUUCUCCACAAUGACAUUUGGACUGUGACGUCCACUAGUUGCUAGUAAGGGUCUAACCGAUGAGACAACUAGUUGACGUGUCACAAGCUGCUAAUAGGGAUUGAGUGGAUUUGUCGACAAGUCGACGAUACUAUUUCACACUGACUUUAAAAGCCUGAAGUCAACUCAUUACUGAUCAUUCGAUUUUGUCAUCCCAAACAAAAUUGAGCAUUUUUACACUCUUACAAUUAAUGUCAGCAAAGGCCUGGUUAUCAGACCCGCUUUGAAAGAUUACCCUGAGCCAUUAUCAUUUGGUGAGGGGCAUGUUGAGUGUUUUUUUUUUUCCUGAUUAAUGGACUACUCAACAAUUUGACUUUACCAUUCCACAAUGACGUUUGGUGCGCAAUGUCGACUAGUCGCUAAUAAACAUUUCUUACCGAUUAGUUGACUUGUAGAUUUCAGUCCUCCACAAGAAUGUUCAAAGCAUUACAUUGACAAGUCAGAAAUUGCUAAUAGGGGUCGAAUCGAUUAGUCGACGAGUUGACUACUACAUGUUGACGUUUAAAGCUUGAAGUCGACUAAUCACUAAUCAUAUGAUUUACAGAAAAUAAUCAGGUGUCUGGGAAAUAUUAUUCUGAGCGAUUAUCCUUACGAUUGUAAAGGUUAAAUCUGUUAACUAUUUACAAUGACAAGUCCUUCUGUGUGCGUUCAAAAUUUAAUUCAUACAUCUUGAGUAUACUACACACUUUGGGAGCAAUUAAAAACACAUUAGUGAUUUUUUUUUUCCUUAUCAUUUGCGGAGUAUCUCACAUUUAAAACAUGGGUUAAGCUGUUAAAAAAAAAUCGGUAUGUGUGUACCUUGCAUAAGCGUCUUAAAUAGUGUCUGACUAGGACUUGUU